UGCCGGGCCCUGCCGGCGACAAUUUUCAAACAGAGUGUAGAAGAUUCUGCUGGGGCGUCAAACGCAAAGAUGAAGCUUUCGUUACGUAAUACCGCUCUCCCUCACCUCCUCUCAUGUAUACAGAUAAUACAGGUACAAACGGCACUCUUCUCUCAGUUCUAUGUCGUCCCCUCCAUUCCUCCCUAAAGAUAAACCCCUCCUAACCCCUCCUAACUCUCCAGGCCUGUUUCUUGACGUUGUCGUGAACACUGAACUGCAGUCGCGAACUGCAGUCGUGAACUGCACAGGACAGCCUGAGUGACACACGCCUCGUCGAUCCCUACGACCGAUUCGGACCGAAGGUUUAUGCCAUUGGAAAAAAAAUCAAAUCAAAUCAAUCACAAACGGGGUAGGAGUCUGGUGUGUGUCGUGUGUGUCGGGCAGUCUGGAAGACAAAUUGAACUGGGUACCUUCCUCUAGUUUGGGUGAUGUGAUGCUUCUAAGUCUUCUGUAGAUGGGGACUUGAUUCACUUGAAGGAUCUGCUGAACCCUGAUAGACAGCCCCCAUUACUUGAUUUGUGUCAUUCUCCACCAUCUCUCGACGCUGUUGCCUCGAGGACUCCGCUGAGGUGAGCUCGCUAUCUAAGUACUGCUGGAUUGCAGUGCACUGGCCUUUCGACACCAACUCUGGGGAGCGCACUUGCCAUUGUAUCUGAUGAUGUUGAGCGUACUAGGCGAUGUUGCAAGCGACAGCAGACAUCAUGCUGCUGAUUCAUGCACAUGGGACCAUCACUGUAUGGACGGUACCUUACUUCCAUCGCCUUGGCAGGACUGGUGAGCCUGCGCGGGACUCUCGACGCUCUACCUGUUAAGGCUAGCCAUCAUAUCCGCAGGACCGCAGCUGUUCGUCUUGAAAGACUUACGGGAGGGGCCCUUUGCACCUACUAUUAAGUGCACGAGUGCCGCAGCGGAUUCGGUCUGAUGAUCUCAUCGUUGAGUGUGGAGUCUGUGGACUCGAUGUCAUAGUGUCGAUCAAUUGGAAGGUAAGUAGGAGGAGAGGGUACGUCUUCAGCUUGGCCGCUAUAGGCCAUCUCGUUCCUGUUAUCUCCAUAGCUAAGCAUGAGGGGGAGGUGGAGAAGGGAGAGGAAGUGGGUAUGAUAGGACAUGUGUGGUCCCAUUUCAGCCUGCCAUCUAUGCAUCGAGCACUGACCGAUUGGGGAUGGUCAAGGACCUCAAGGGGUGGAAAGAGAAGGACAGGGAGAAGGCUCAGGGGAGGGCAAGGAGUCAGAGACUCAGAGGACGAUUUGCUAACAAAUGAGGGUGAUUCGGCAUAGCCUGGUGGCGUCGCCAAGGGUUCAGUGUUCAGUGUUCACCAUCGCUAAGGGUAGUAAGGCGCAUAGCGGUGAAGCUGGUUGAAGGCGAAGAAGGCGAAGAAGAAGACACAGAUUGAAAAGAAGAAGACGGCAUUUUCGCAUUGUACGACGAGACGUUUGCGGGAACAGAACUCGGUGGAAGCCGCAGGAGGACCAAAUUUCAAUCUUUUCCCCCUCACUUGCCAGGGCACCGACAAAUCAAACAAAAAAGAAGUGGACUGCAGGAGCUAGAGAAGCCUUGCAAUCCUUCCAGGUAGGAGAUCCGUGAUUAAGACUAUGCCUCGUUGGUGGGAACUGAAGAGGGGAUCGGAAUCGUGCGGCAGGGGGCGUAUGUUUCCUUGGAAGAUGUGCGAUGGAGGGCGCGAUACGGUCGAGUUGCGAUUAGCUCGAAUGAGGGACGACCUGAUCCGAGCGGCCAUCACCGCCGAGAACCUUAUCGUUGCCGUCAACUUCGCUUCGUGCAAUGUCGUGCCUCCGCGAGCAGAGAAACACUGCGUGCGAAUCGUGAGCGACGGAGUGGCAGCUGUGGUCCCCACUCCGGCUUCUUCCUCGAUCCCAUCUCAGGCAGUCGGUACCUCCCAGAGAUCCAAUCGCGUCAAUCUCCACGCUGUUAACGAUGCCAAUGUCUAUGACAACCCAUUCAUGGGAGCGCUGACGUGCAUUGCACAAGCGAUGGCAGGAGGAGGAGGUGGAGGUGUAGGGGGAGUAGGAGGAGGAGGAGGAGGAGGAGGAGGAGGAGCAGGAGGAGGAGGAGGAGGAGGGGGAGCUGGCGGAGAAGACGGCAAGGUAUGGGCUUUUGGUUUCGGUGACGAGACGACCUGCGAUCGCUCGGUCUUCAGCUUCCACGCUAAUCGCAGGCCAUGCCGGGGUCUAGAAGGGGUCAUCCGACGGUACGGUGAGAUUGCACCCCAUGUGCGCGCAAGGGCUGGGGGUCCAGUGUCCUUCGCGCCGGCGAUCAGCGCGGCUAUGGGGGUGGUGGAAUCGCGGAGAGGGAGAUUCCACACCUUGCUCAUCUUGACAGACACAGAGGUCACGAGAAGCAGCGAUGGCACAGCAAGAGGAAGACGACGAAGCCCGCAGGAGGAGGCCACACUGUCGGCCAUCAAGAAGGCCAGCAAGUACUCCCUCUCUGUGGUGAUCGUAGGGGUGGGAGAAGGACCGUGGGAGAACGUAAGGAAGAUGGGCAAAGCGUUGCUCAAGGAUGAUGUGAGGAGCAGGUACCCAAGGUCGUUCCGAAACUUUGCCUUCCUUAGCUACACAGAGACCGUGGGCCCUGAUGCCGGCAGAAGCACGGAGAGGCAAAUGCAGUUCGCGCUUGCUGUGCUGGAACGGGUUCCCACGCAGUACUGGGCCUGGGGAAACGUUGGCUACCUUGGGACUGUAAGGACCACAAUGGGACCGACGCUGAACUGGAAUGGAGUGCUUCCUCCACCUCCGGCUGUGAGGAGAGCAGACGAUGAUAGGUUGUUCUACAUCAAGGCGUUGGCAAGUGCAAGAGUAGUGGAAGAGGCAAGCUGGGGAAGCCAAGGGAGUCAGCCAAGCUACGUAGGUAGCAUGAGCAGAGGUCUGGGAUUGGGAGGAGGAGGAGGAGGAGGAGGAGGAGGAGGAGGAGGAGGGGGAGGAGGAGGAGCGGCAGGAGGAGGAGGAGGGGAUGGAGGAGGAGGAGAGAUUCGAUCUCAUUCGUUCGAUCUGAGGAUCAACGGGCAGGUAUCGUGGCCAAUAUCAAGAACAUGGGACUCGGAUAGGGUUGUGCGGUACCGGGAUUCUGGUUCCAGAUCAACAUCGGGAUACAAUGAUGAUGCCGACUACUGGAGAGAGGAGAUUGAUGACGACUUGUGUUCGUGUUGUCGGAGUUUCGAGAAGACUGUCGCCCUCGGCUGUGGCCAUCGGACAUGCGAAAUGUGCGCCGAAAAACUCCAAGUUUGCCCAAAACUUGGGUGUUGGGAGGAGAUUACUACGAGACUGCCGCUCAAGAACUAGCAACCAUACGAGACUGCCGCUCAAGA